GUACCGUUUGUCAAACUACACUUAACGCCAGUCAAGCCACAGCAACGUCAGGUGUAUGAACUCUGGCCACUCUGGCGUGUUAUAAGCUUUAAAUUUUAGAUCCUUUAGAAACUCCAAAGUAAUUUUAUAUUAAUUGUUUGCAUAAAUGUGAUUUUAUUAAAGGUUAAAAAAAUGUAUUUUCCAAAGAGUAUAAUAAUCAUAGCUUUCCUGGGCAUUGUUGCUGGUGAGAAGAAUGAUGAUGUUGACAUUUCUAGUGCAUUCGUCGAAGUUGCCAAUUCGUUUUUCUCUGAUGAAUCACCGGGGCCAAAUAGGUUUAUGAAUGAAAAUAAUAAUCAGGGCUUAGCUGGAUUCGGUCAAAUUUUAACAGGCCUGGGGAACUUGAUGGCAGGUUCAUCAGGAAACCAAAACAGCAAAAAUCAAGGAGGUUUUGAUUUAUCAAUGCUCGGUCCUGUUUUACAGAUGGUUGCUUCUUCGGCCGGUAAUAGUAAUAAUAAUCAACAGGCGAGAAAAGCGGGGUCUGAUAGUGAAGAAGGAAAUGGAUUUGAUUUCGAAGGAAUGUUGAAUAUGGCCAGUAUGUUUAUGGGUUCACGUGAAAACAGAAAUGCUGAAGGUAUCAUGGGAUUGCUUCCGAUGAUAUUGGAAAACUUAAACUCUGGUGAAUCAUCUAAUGAUCAUCAAAAGAAACAUGAUCACUCAGCUCAUUCAUGGUACAUGCCACCAAUUCUCGAAAAUGCACAUAUUCUGUGGGAUCAUUUCAGAAAUUCUGAACUUGGACAAACACUGUGGAAAAAUAGUGGGUUAGCUCACAUUGUUGGUUCUAUGAGCGAUUCGGAAGGUCACAUAAUGUAUGAACGGAUUCUGGAAAGUUUUGAAAAUCCAAGUGCUCGUCGGCGGUGGAUAAGAUCUCUAACAAACUUUGUGGCUGAAUGGUUUUCACAUAUAUCUGAUCCUGAUAUUCAAAGUCGUUACCUGACAACUGCUCAAUUCGUAGUCAAUAGUUUCUUGAAAUCCCAAGGAUUUCCCAAGUCAGCAGUGUUCGACCCAGCAAGGCCUUCUGAGAGCCUUACUAGAAUGAUAAAUGCCGGAGCGAAAAGAUAUCUAAACAUGAAUAUAGAUAGUGCUAAGUAUAUAAGACCUGCAGUGGCGUAUGUUCAAGAUUUAAUAAAGCUAGCUUCUGAAAAAGGAUUCAUCAUGUCCAGGGUAAAUGCUCAUGAACUCAGCAAUCGUCUCAGUGACACUAUUAAUAAUGAUAUUGUAGCUCCAAUUCUUAAGACUUACCGAGCGUACAAAUGGGCACUAAAAUCACCAAAAUGCGCAACUCACAUUUUAUGCGUUAUCAAUCAAAAGCCGUCAGAUGACAAUAAUAAAUCUGUCCUCCGAGAGACUAUUAUAAAACUUAGCAGUUUUCCAGCUGCGUGGGCAAUUAGUACGAAAACAAACGUUAGCUUCUGGACACUUUAUGGCGCUAUUAAAGAAAAUGAUCAAUGUUUCGAAAAGUAUCCAGCUGACUGUAAUGAUUUCCAUGAAGAAGAAAUCCGAGUUACUACAGAAGCGAUCCAUAGCGAAUUAUAAGUAUGUGGCAUUAUGUGCAUGUAGCAUAAAACUUAAAGACUUAUUCAAUACAAGUUGAUAAAUUUUCAAGUGAUUUAUACAUUGUUAAGGCACCAAUGGCUUUCAAUAUUUUUCAUGAAUCCGUUAUAGUCGAGAAGAAAAAAAAAAAUAUUGGUUAUGUUUAAUAUUAGUCUGAUAACAUAAAGAUAUUAUUUUAUUAGUUUACUUAACGUUUUAUUUUAUCUCAAAAGUUAUUUUAAGUUGAAAAUAUAAUUAUUUUACAUCGUUUCAAAAAUAUUAAUCACAAGUAGCAUUUGAAUUGUAUUGAGAAUAAUGAUAAAUUUGUUGGAAGGUCUACAAUCAUAAAUGUUCAUCAAUGUUUAAAACGUCAAAUAAGCUCCAUACCAUUAAGUGCAAUACUAUCACAUAUAUAUAGAUAUGUAAUUAUAAGUCAAGUAAUAAGAAAUGUGAACUUU